UCCUGGCCCUGUCCGUUUCCGGCCUUUGCCUAGAGCCCCGCUCGGCUCGAAGAAGCCGUUCUCUUCCGGGAAAAUGGCGACUCCCGCUCGCGCGCCAGAGUCGCCGCCGGCCGCAGAGCCUGCGCCCGCCGUGGGCCCCGCUGGGGAGCCCUGCCCGCCGCGCCAGCCGCAGCCCGUGCACAAUGUUCUCGCUGCCCCGCGGCUUCGAGCCCCCAGCUCCCGAGGACUUGGGGCAGCGGAGUUCGGUGGAGCUGCGGGAGAGGUUGAGGCGCCAGGAGAGACUUUUGCGCAACGAUCUGUUCAUCACUAUGUUGCAGAAGGUCACAAUGGCAGACCAGAGUGAACCCUCAGAAGAAAACCCCAACGCUGACGUCGUGCCAGGGCUCCAGAGUGAGACUCCUAAGAGACCUCAUUACAUGGAAGUGGUAGAAAUGCGAGCCAAAACCCCAGUGCUGCUGCCUCCUAUGUUUAAGUCCAAUGUGUUACCCACCCAACAGAGUGACUCACCGGGUCACUGUCAGAGCAACUGGUCUCCCGCUUCCUCAGAAGAGCAGAGACGUUGGGCUGGGCAACAUCUUGAUGACAUCACAGCAGCGCGCCUUCUUCUGCUUCACCACCUGCCUGCUCAGCUGCUCGCCAUAGAAGAGUCACUGGCCCUGCAGAAAGAGCAGAAGCAGAAUUACGAGGAGAUGCAGGCAAAGCUCACAGCACGCAAACUGGCCUAGAGACUGAACAUUAAAAUGCAGAGCUACAAUCAAGAAGGAGAG